CAGCCAAGCGAUGGUUAGCUUAGCUUAGCAUAAAGACUGGAAACAGGGGGGAAACAUCUCGCAAGGCUCUGCAGAACCAAAACUUGUCCUCUUGUAUGAAUUAAACCAGUGGUUUUCAACCUUUUUGAGCCCAAGGCACACCAAAGGGCAAGCCGAAAUCUCAACACUUGUAUUUAUACCUGUGCACAACAGCUUCUAUCGUGUGUUAGCACUCUUAUCAUAGGACAAUAGAAAUAAGAAAAAAUAAGACAGGUAGCUUUUGUGAUACUGUUUACUUUUUUUUCUUUCUCUGUUUUCUAUUGGUGGUAGGUCGUCUUCACUGGUGCUUUGUUGUGAUUUGCUCUGUACAAUAAGCUAAGCUAAUCAGCUGCUAGCUAUAGCUUCAUAUUGAAUGGACUGAUUUGAGAGUGGUGUCAAUCUUCUCAUGUAACUCUCGUAAAUAAGUAUGUGUCAAACUAUUCCUUCAACUGACUGUAUGCUCUUUAAACGGGAAAUCCAAACACAAAGAAUAAAAUGAAAAUGGAUCAAAUGAUGAGAUUAAAUUGAAAACCUCAGUCAUCAUAGAUUUACAAGUCACAGUUAAAAUAACAUACUGCAUAAAAAAUGUUUUUGCAGGAAUGAAAAAAGACUAUUGAUUUGUGUGUGGUAAGAUCUUUACUUUUGGACCGAACAGUAAAAAGUAACCACUCGCCGGCUGAUGAUCUGGUUUGUUUGCUUGGUUUUAUUUGCCUCUUGCAACAUCUUGUCCUGACUCAUUGCUGGGAACAGAUACACUCAACAUUGUAUAAAACCAAGUUCGUAAUGACAAACAGGAGGAAUUCUGCCGUGCCUUUCAGUGCUUUAAAGAUGAACUUGUGGACGCUCCUGACUGUGACUGCGCUGGCUAAAUGGGCCCACUCCUGCCCAGAUCUGUGCUCCUGUUCCUUCACACCUUCAGGUGCAGAGGUGACGUGCAGCGAAAGCUCCCUGACACAUUUCCCUGUAGACGGUUUACCCUCCAUCACCACUCAACUGUACAUCCAGUCCACCAAACUCAGCAGUGUCGCAGCCAGCCAUUUGAGUGCCGUGCCCCUUUUAAAGUACCUCCAGCUGUAUAACAACAACCUGACGAGCCUUCCUUCAGAUCUACUGACGGACGUCCCUCACUUGGAGACGUUGGAUCUGACAAGAAAUCGUCUGGUUCAUCUUGCUCCGAACAUCUUCAGCCAUGCCUCACUGCGUGGUCUUGUGCUGAAAGAUAAUCUGUUUGAAAAAGCCGAUGCAGAGUGGUUUCCUGGCAACAGUGGCCUCACCUGGCUGGACUUGUCUGGAAACCGUUUGUCGGGUGUAUCCACUGCUCUGCUUCAGAAGCUGCCCAAUCUGGAUAAUCUAGACUUGAGUGACAACAGCCUACAAGACCUGCAACCUGAUGCCCUGGAGAGCCUGCACCGCCUGCAGACACUGAAUCUCGCUGGUAACAACUUAACCUCCCUGAGUUCUACAAUCUUCACCAACAACCUUAAUCUAUCUCAGUUGUUUCUGCAAGAGAAUAAGCUCCGAGACCUGCCAGCGACCCUCCUCCAGGGUCUCCAACACCUUGAAUAUCUGCUGCUCAACAAUAAUCAGCUGCAGCGUUUCCCCUCAGGGCUGCUGGGUGACAGAAAAUCUUCCUUCCGCAUGAUCUUAAUAGGAAACCCCUGGGUGUGCGAUGAGAAGAUGGAGUAUCUGUGGAAGUGGCUCACUGCCUAUCGUCAAAAUGUCAUCUUUUUGGAGGAGGUGACAUGUGCAGAGCCUGAAGCUCUUAAAAGCCGACCAGUGAUCUCUUUGACAGAGAGUGAGCUUGGACUUCACAAGAUGGAAAAUCAAUGAUGAAGACAAGGCAAAAAGAAAAUCUAAAGUCUCUAUAUUCUACUAAAAUCAUAUGUGGAAUGAUAAAUUAUUCAUUGUAUCGAAGGUUGAAAUAAAACUUUACGAGCCA